GGCGUCUCUUCCGCUAGGAGCUCGGGCGCGCGAGGCGAGGGGGCGCGGCGGGCCCCCCAGCGCGGCUCGGCCGCAGCCGAGGCCCCGGACGGCCUCCUCCGCGUGCCGGGGCGGGAGGCGGGGCGGGAGGCCCGGUCGGGAUGCUGUCAAUAUGCAAAAGCGGAGGCAGUGGGCGGGGUGGGGGUGGAGGCUAGGUGCCGUAGAGGGCAAGGGGCACUCACAUCCCCGGCGCGCCCCUCGCGGGCCUCCCGUCUGCACGUGCCCCAGGCCUCUCCCCGCUUGCUCAACCCGUCUGCGGAAGGCGCGUACCCGCGUGCCCGGCUCCCGCGUUCGCUUCUUUGUUCCCGCCCACGCGAGGCCCAGUUUGACGGGCCGCCUUCGUGGCCAAUCGGCGCUGGCGCUGGCGCCGGCGCCUGCCCCGCCCUCCUGGGGGGGCGGGACACGGCCAGGACCCGCCCCCUCCCUCUGCCCACGUGGUGUGGAGCUCCCGCCCCGCGCAGCUCGCGAGUUUCGGGCCUCUGGAGGGCCGCGCUGUCUCGCACUUCCAGGUUCGCCGAGGUGGCCUCUCCGCUACGCGCUUCAGGCCGCGCGCGGUCGCCGGCUCCGAGGUGGUAGCCGGGCUGUUGGGGAGCCCAAGACGGUCCUGGGGGCGCCGCCGACGCCGCCCUCGGCCUUUGGUACCCGUAGGCCGAUCCCCGAAAUAGCAUCCGGUAGGGAAAUGGUCGUGCUUUCGGUGCCCGCCGAAGUCACUGUGAUCCUGUUAGAUAUCGAAGGUACCACAACCCCGAUUUCUUUCGUGAAGGACAUUUUAUUUCCAUACAUCAAAGAAAAUGUUAAGGAAUAUCUGCAGACACACUGGGAGGAAGAGGAGUGCCAGCAGGAUGUCAGUCUCUUGAGGAAACAGGCUGAAGAAGAUGCCCACCUGGAAGGGGCUGUUCCAAUCCCUGCAGCUUCUGGGAAUGGGGUGGCUGACAUGCAGCAGAUGAUCCAGGCCGUGGUAGACAACGUGUGCUGGCAGAUGUCUCUGGACCGAAAGACGACAGCGCUCAAGCAGCUGCAGGGCCACAUGUGGAGGGCGGCGUUCACAGCUGGGCGCAUGAAAGCAGAGUUCUUUGCCGAUGUGGUUCCAGCAGUCAGGAAGUGGCGAGAGGCUGGAAUGAAGGUGUAUAUCUAUUCUUCAGGGAGUGUGGAGGCGCAGAAGCUGCUAUUUGGGCAUUCUACAGAGGGCGACAUUCUUGAGCUUGUUGAUGGUCACUUUGACACCAAGAUUGGACACAAAGUGGAGAGUGAGAGUUACCGAAAGAUUGCCAGCAGCAUUGGGUGCUCAACCAACAACAUCUUAUUUCUGACAGACGUUACUGUGGAGGCCAGUGCUGCCGAGGAAGCCGACGUGCACGUCGCGGUGGUGGUGAGGCCUGGCAACGCGGGCCUAACGGACGACGAGAAGACCUACUACAGCCUCAUCACGUCCUUCAGCGAACUGUACCUGCCCUCGUCCACCUAGGGGAGGCCUGCCCAGGAAGACCCCGCCGCCCCUCAGCCGUCCCCUAGUGUGUAGUCGUAUUCAGUGACAAAAGGUAACUUACUUAGGCGUGUGCACAUAUGUAUGCGGGUGUAUAUAUGUGUAUGCUCAGAUUAACUUCCACAGGCACAUACGUGAAAACAGUUGUUCAGUCCAGUGAAAAUGAAACUUAUUUAAAGAUACUUUAUACGUAGAAAGUGUUCGAAAUGAUAACUCUAACCCUUCCUGAGGGCAAAGUGUAGUUGAUAGAAGAAAUUGCUAAAAUACACAUUAAAUGUGUUAUGUUAUCAAAUGUGUUCCAAAAUAGAAGCUAGUUUUGAAAACCAGUUUCAGCAGCCUUGUUAUUUUCAAAGCUGGAAAUAUUUCAGACAUUCCUGGUAGUAAUUCACUGCCUGUGUUUACUGUGAAUUAGAAGAGUCCAACAGUUACUCAAGAAUCUGUUACUUUAAGGAAAAAAUGUGUGUAUCAUUGUUGUACCUACAGCAAGCAGUUGCCUUACCAAUGAAAAAGGUGCCCUUCUGUUCCAGCUAAAUGAGGGAUGUGGUUCUUAAUGUUUGCAAAACGGCCCUAAACCUGCAGGUUGUUAUCAUUGCAGAUUUUAUAGUUGCCUCUGUAACUACUUAGCAUAAAAAGGUUUUAUUACAGCCAGUCCAUAAGAUUGAAAAGUGCACUGAUAUAUAAUAUUUUCCUCCAAAAUGGAUCUAACAAGUGUAAAUUUUAUAACAGCAUUAUUUAUCCCAGUUCGAUUCUAAUAGGCUGUCAUGUCAGUUCCAUGUUCUGAUAAAUAAAAGCAUUUUCUUCUUG